AUGAUGUCGAUCUUUACCAGUUUUACCAAUCUCCCCGCCGAGGUGCGCAACAUCAUCUACGACGAGCUUUGCACAGAUGGCCUUGCAGUGCUGAGGACAUGCACACUUGUACACCAGGAAGCGGCAUCAUACUACUACCAACGCAAUCCCUUCACGGUAUCCCUUCCUGCUGUCCACUCAAAGGGUGCCACGAUCCUGCCACCGAUGGCAGACAGGUACCUAACAUACCUCAGGCAGCUUACUCUAUGCACAAGCAUUGGCCGACCCGAACUGGCAGAUACUCGAGAAGUGGCUCGCUCCAUCGUCGCCCUCACCCGUACUGGUACCCACCUGGAAGUCCUCACUCUUGUGUUUUCAUCAAAGAUUUCUCCGAUUCUGCAGACGCGCAUCGACGAUUCGGUCCUGCACGACACGCACCCUAUCACGCAUGCUCUCCGCGCCCUGCUCCUCUUUGACGUCGCCAAGCAAGUGCGUGUGGAACUGGAGAAUGCUUGGUUCGCAGCCGGCGUUGUUGAUGAUCUGCGAAGCGAGUUUGGCGAUAGGCUGGAGGUUUUCACCGCCGUUCAAGGCGAGGCGUUUGAGCGGCCGCUUACUGGUCACUACUCACUUACCCACCUUCAAGCCUUUGGUAUCAACGAGCACGACGCCGCCUACCUCCAGCGUGAGUGUUUGCACGGCGGCUCGACACCGUCAUCGCUGGGUUCUGCGCUGUCGGAACUUGAUGUAUUCUCGCCCAUGGAAUUCUUCGAUGAGGAGCCCAUGGAUGUUGGAAAUUUUGUCAGGAUCGAAAGAGCUGAUUCGGGUUUUGGCGAGCUGAUCUUCGACAUGGACGAGGCAGAGCCUGGGAUGGAGGUGGAGGUCAAGAAGACUGGGUACCUUCACAUGCCUGCUUUAGAUGAUGAAGAGCUUGGUGAAAGUGAUGAUGUCGAUGACGAAGAAAUGGAAGGCAUGGAUGGUAUUGACGCCAUUGUGGGGAAUCUUGAAGAGCUGGAAGUGCGGAGGGUGAACGAGGAGGAUGUCUGCUACAUGGUCAACUUUGCACCAGAACUGAUGGGGAGAUGGCCCGAGGAGUCAGUUUGA